AUGGUUUGUUGCGGAAACAGGAUUCCUAGAGGAGUCAAAAUAUGUUGUGCCAUCACCACAAUACUUGUGAUCAUCAUAGUUGUGGUUGCUGUAGUAUUGUUCGUCACAGUGUUGAAGCCUAAAAAACCAAACCUCACAACCAAAUCCGUCACCUUAGACAACAUCAGGCUAGAAGUUCUUCCAAUAUUCCGCCUUAAUGUCACGCUAGGCAUCGUCGUCACGGUCGAUAAUCAUCGCAAUUACGGAAGCUUCAAGUACGAUAACAGCACAGUUUUCGUGUAUUAUAGGAAGAUUCAGGCUGCUCAAGCGCCGGUUCAGGCCGACACGAUCCCGGCCCGAGCGAGGCACGACGUUAGCGCAACUGUUACGGUAGUAGGGGAUAAUCUUUUCCCGGAUCCUAGCUUUUGGGUGGAUUUGAAUUCCGGGGUGCUGAAUUUUACAUCGUCGGUUUCAUUGCAUGGGAAGGCUACAGCUUGGAAAAUCUUGAAGGUUAAACUCACUACUUUUACCACAUGUAACAUUUCUGUGUUUAUUGCUACUCAGAAUGCUUCUUCAUUCUGCCAAUCCAAGCUGAUGUACUAA